AAAGCCUUCUGUUAUUCUACAACGGUUUAGAUUUAACAGUUUGAACAGGAAAGACGGUGAGUCUGUGGCGGAUUUCGUGACGGAAUUGCGUCGAUUAUCGACAGACUGUGCCUUUGGGGAUACUCUCUCAGACAUGCUAAGAGACAGACUGGUGUGCGGGAUAAAUGAAGAGAAGAUUCAGCGGAGACUCUUGCAAGAAGUCAACUUGACAUUUGAAGACGCCCUACGGAUUGCCCGAGCGAUGGAAACAGCUGCAAAAAAUUCGCUAGAAAUGCAACAAGGUGGUCUUACAUCAACAGUAACUCAAGCACCAGUGGCAGUACAUCAGACAUCAAGUAGAAGGGACCAUACACCAGAAAAGAGUAAGUGUUCUCGUUGUUUGGGUUGGCAUCUUCCCAAGCCAUGCCGUUUUCAGACAGCAGAGUGUAGGAAGUGCAAGAAGCGGGGCCAUAUUGCGAGAGCUUGCCGAAGUCAGUCAAAUCAACAAGUAGAAUCAAUGGCAGCCCAUCAAAUAAGCCAAGAAGAGGAUUUCCAGGAAUCAGAAAAAAUGUUAGAGACGGCAAUGAACGCUGUACACAGAGUGGGUCGUGGCAAUGAAGUGAAGCCACUCAAGGUAGAAGUUGUGAUUAAUCAGCAGAAGGUGAAGAUGGAGAUAGACACUGGGGCAGCGGUAACUCUGGUGAAUGAAGCUACUUUUAAGGCAUUAUGGUCUAAACGGAAGGCCCCCGGUUUGCGUAGGCCACAAGUACAAUUACGGACAUAUUCAGGGGAAUCACUAACUUUGGUUGGUGAAACAGAUGUGAAAGUGAGAUAUGGACAGCAAGUGGCUUCCCUGCCAUUGAUCAUUGUCAAAGGCAAUGGUCCAAAUUUGUUUGGUAGAAACUGGAUACAGAACGUAAAACUGAAAUGGGAAGAGAUAUUCCAUCUUCAUAUCACUGGUAAAACAUCACACGAGGAAGGAAGGAUUCAACAUAAGAAGCUCAUCACCAAAUACCAGGAAGUAUUCAACGAGAAGAUGGGACUACUGGAGGGAGCAACAGCAACGAUACCAGUGAGAGCAGAUACCGCACCUCGGUUUUUCAAGCCUAGACCUGUACCAUAUGCGUACAAAGAGCUAGUCGAACAGGAGUUGAGACGGUUGGAACGAGACAAAAUUAUAGAAGCCGUUCGAUUAUCUGAUUGGGCUGCUCCAGCAGUACCGGUUCUAAAAAUGGAUGGUUCAAUCAGGAUAUGCGAUGACUUUAGGUUGACGAUUAACCAGGCUGCUCCUUGUGAGAAAUACCCAUUGCCAAAGAUCAAUGAUAUAUUUGCCUCUUUAGCUGGAGGUCAGUUGUUCACCAAGUUAGAUCUGAGCCAAGCUUAUCAGCAGGUGGCGCUGGAUGAGACGUUGUAG